UACAAGACCAAGCGAUAACAAACCACAGAGUUGCUCUCAAGGUCUAUCUCUCGAAACGAACGCAAGUGAAAGUCACGUGGCAGCCAGUUCUCGUCGUCAGUUUUUCUUCAGGUGCUCAUUGAUGCAUUCGAGUUGCUCCAGAGUGUUGUUUUACAUGAUUUACGUGUCUUGAAACAAUAUUUCAUUAUCACCCAAGUCAAAACCCGAACAUAUUGAAAGAUUAGAAGAAGAUCAAACUUCUCGUCGUUUUUGAUCAUUGAGAGGAUGUAGGAUAGAAAACAGAUGCUGAACUGCGCAGCUACAGGAUUUAACGACUGACAAGGAGUGCGCUCGCGCAUCUUGGAUUUCCCGGGGAAUCGGGACUUUCCGGGCCUCGAGGCGGCUUUUUCUUCAUCAUUUGCCACAUCGCUACGUACUUGUAUACGUCAAGGCAACAGCUUUGAUCAAGAAAUCAAGAAAUUAAAAGAAUAAUAUAAACAAAAUGAGCGUCGAGGAUGCGAUUAAUUACAAACCAAGCGAAGAAGAGGAUUUUUAUAAGCUUUUGGGAUGUGAUGAAUCAGCCACGGUCGAGCAAAUAACGGCAGAAUAUAAGGUUCGCGCCCUUCUAUAUCAUCCAGACAAGAAUGAAGGAGAUAAAGAAGCAGAAGUGAAGUUUCAACAGCUCAAGUAUGCCAAGGAGAUACUUUGCGACUCGGAAAAAAGGAGCAACUACGACAAGUGGCGAAAUAGUGGAAUUGCUAUUAGCUACAAGCAAUGGGUUGGAAUGAAAGAACAUGUUCAGCAGUCAAUGCAUUGGAGUACUCCACAAACGAAAAAUCGAAUGCUUCCGGAUGCCGGUGGAUCUCCAGGUCACGUUAGAGGUCAACCAGCUAACGCUCAUAGGCGUGCAUCUGAAGGUGGUGCGAAUAUUCAUUUUGGACGUCGUCCUGACUUAAAUUGGGACUCCCAGGCAAGCAGCGAUGUAAUCAACAAAUUCCGUCAUUACGAGGUCUAAAAUUUAACUUAAAAAAAGCGAGCUGUUGUUUCUAUCCUAGACCUAAUGCUGAAAUAAUGGCAACGUGAUUGCUCUCUAAAGCCUCCAGUUCUCCAGCCGCCAAGUGUCAAAAUGUUACAAUGAAACAAUAGAGAAGAUUACAUAUACAAAAACACUAUUAGAAGCGAAAAAAUGAAAAACUAACGGGAAAAUGAUUGAUUAAAAAAAUAAAUCAAAUGUUAAACAUCGUUAUAUACAUGUAUAUUUAUCAAAACUGUGCACUCGUGUAAAUUCUUGUUUUUCAAAUCUCGUUUUUGCCAAUGAUGAAUCUCAAAUGGACAAAGUUAUGUUGAACAAGUAUUAUAUUAUGUUGAUAGAAGAUGUCUAUUAUCGUUGUAUCCUAUAAAGAGUUUAAACAGAGAGAUA